AUGUCCUCGCCCCGCGCCGCCUCCCCGCCAACAGCCUCGGGCUCCGCAACAGGCGCUAGCCCCAGCCCGCGGCCCUCGUCGCCCGCGCCGCCAGGCGGCGCGCGCACCGCCAUCCGCCGCCGCGCCGCCGCCGACCAGAAGGAGAAGAUUGCCAAUGCCCGGCCCAACAGCACGCGCGCCGCGGGCGCCGGCGGCUCCAGUAGCACCAUGCUCCGGCUGUACACGGACGAGAGCCCCGGGCUCAAGGUCGAUCCCGUUGUCGUGCUGGUGCUGAGUCUGGUGUUUAUCUUUAGUGUCGUUGCGUUGCAUAUCAUUGCCAAGAUCACCCGCCGGUUCUCGAGUUAG